AUGUCAGAAAAUGCCAACAGCUCACGCCCUCAUCAUCAUCAACAGACAGACCCUGACAGCAUCAAUGGUGCUUCUGGAGGCCAUUCACCGACCUCGCCCUUCUCACUGGUGCCCUCACUGGCUCGCUCAGUAAAUUCCUCCAUCGAGGACAACUCUCAACCGCAAUCAAUUGUAGCUCACACUGAGGUCGUUGAAGGUCAGCAAAAGCCCUUGAGUGUUCUCGCGGAGGAAAUGGAGGCAUACUUCCAACGCUCAUCUGUUAACUGGAAACUAUCGAAGAUACUGCCUCCUCGCCCGUCCGCCGACCGGGACUCGUCUGAGCUGCAACUCCCGGAAGCAUGGAAGAAACUGCAGGAGUAUUCGCAGCAAAACAUUCUCUCGCUUGCUGCUGGGGAUACUGGUAUUACUCCUAUGGAGGUGGGAUGUCCGAGAAUUAUUGUUGCAAUGGUCACUCUUCUUCGUGUCGUCGUUGACGAGGUCAACCAGUGCAUUGGGGAAGAUACGGGUUAUUCUCGUGUUAUUGUUAGAAUCAAUAAUCUUCUCGCCUCCUUGGAGAAAGCCUUGAAUGUCGCAGAAACCGACUUUGUCGUAGAUUCCCGGAUCGUGCUUGAUGAUUUGGCUGAGGCCGUCGUUUACAUGAUAAACGAUGUGUCAGAGAUGCGUUCCGAUACGGAAUGCUCUGUUCCGUCAAGAAUCGUGGUCGCAGAGAAGGCUGUAGUUCAUGCAGAAGCGCAAUUCGACCGCACGUUGACACACUAUGUUCUGAUUCGUCUUCUCACAUCGCACAACAGAAGGGAGUAG